GGCUAGUUAAUAUUCAGCUGGCGAAGUCCCCCAGCACUUGAUGAAUAUUCAUGAGGUGGGCGAGGCCGUCCCCUCACUCCUCCUCCAGCUCCAUGGCGCUCGCGCGGACAUGUUUAUUUCUGAAAGCGGCAGCGCACGCGGCCAUCAUCAUCAUCGUCAUCCUCAUCGUCCUGCAGCUCGGUCUGCGCGUGACAGUCGCUCAGCUCAGUAUGGCAAACAAGAGCGCUUUGCCCACCAAAGAGCGCUCUCUGAAGGGCAGGGAGGAGAAAAUGGUCGUGGCAGCAAAGCAUGCAGCAAAUGGGAACCCCACAGUGGAGCCUUUUCCUGAUGGCAUGGAGAUGAUCAUGUUUGGAAUGGGCUGUUUUUGGGGAGCAGAGAGGCGCUUCUGGAGGAUUCCUGGUGUGUUCUCUACUCAAGUGGGCUACUCUGGGGGCUUCACACCUAACCCUACCUACCAUGAAGUGUGUUCAGGUUUAACAGGGCACACGGAAGUAGUGCGAGUGGUCUUCUCUCCUAAAGACGUCAGCUUAGAGAAACUUCUCAAAGUCUUCUGGGAAAGCCAUAACCCCACUCAAGGAAUGGCACAGGGGGAUGAUCAUGGCACGCAGUAUCGUUCUGCCAUCUACACCUACAGCCCAGAACAGCAAGAGCUGGCCGUGAGAAGCAAGCAUGUGUACCAGGAGGCUCUACAUAAGAAAGGCCUGGGUGAGAUCACCACCGAGAUCCGAGAGCAGGCUGAAUUUUACUAUGCUGAAGACUAUCACCAGCAAUACCUGCACAAGGUGCCUAAAGGAUACUGUGGCUUAAAGGGCACCGGUGUCACAUGCUCUAUCAGAGGAGAGAAAGAUGAACUCUGACUCGGGGCACACAGACAUUUUUCUGCUAUUUAAAGGAAUACUUCACCUGAAAAAGUAUUAUGUUGAUUCACUCUCAUGUUGUUCCAAACAUAAAUGAAUUUCUAAGAAAUUCUUUCUAAUAUUCUUCUGCAUUAACUAAAAUGAAACCCAUAACAAAGUUUUUUCAUUACUUUAAAUAAAAUGAACUGGAAAUGUAAUUAAAUAGAAUGUUGUUGUUGUUUUUCAGGUAGGCAACAUUUCUUGUUUUUGUUUAGUUUAACUUGAAGUACUUAAAUAACUAAAAAUAAAUAAUAUAAUUUUAACAGACAUUCUAAAAAGAACAAAUACGCAUUAAAUUGUUACAACUUUAAGAAUAAAAUAAAACAAAUUCAAAGUAUUAGCAAUAUAUAUAUAUGUAAGUAUGUAUAUACGUAUAUGUAUGUAUAUACGUAUAUGCGUCCUUGCUCUUUUUCAUGCAGUUACUAUAAAUGUGCGCUUUAAAAAACGAGGUCCCUUUUUCUUACCCAAAAAAACCGUAUGACUUGAAAAGAAUAUAACACACAAGUCAACUGGAUUUCACUGUAAGCUUUGUUUGGGUGAUUUACUUCUUUAACAGGGGAGUGGUGUGUUAUGCAAGUGUCUUAUUUGAUCCAUGUAGAAAAAGACACAUGUGUAUGUUUGUACAAACUGUGUAUUAAAAAUAUUUUUCUGACAAAAUGUAAGUCUGUGGAACAAGUUGGGCUCUUAAAGCCAACAGUAACCUUCUGCCAGUGAUAUUUCCACAAGCUAAAUCUGUCACACUGUCUGCUCUAGAGCAUCUGCUGUGUGGCUGCCUUAUGCUCCGGCCAAUCUCUGAUCUCUGUGGGCAUUACAGUACAGUACUGCAGCAUUAAUACAUCAACCCCUGAUUUAAAAUAUAAAUGACCUAUUCUGCCUCAUGCAACAUGAAUAACAGUGCUUGCUUGUACACAAAACUGUUUGUUUAACUCUAUUUUAAAACAAACAAUCAUAUUACACAUUUUAUUUGUGUAAUAAUCAUUCAGUAAAAAUUCUAUAUUUUUUCUUCAUUAAGCCGUCAAGUUGCACCUGUGGUUUCUGUAUACCACUAGGUGGCAGGACAUGUAAACAUAA